UAAGCUGUGAAUGAGAGACGUGGCAAGGUUCUAGCAAGGGAGCUAACCAAGCGAAGCGAGAAGCGAGAAGCGAGAAGCGAGAAAUGGUGGUGGUGUUACCUCUACCUGGUUCCGGAUCCAAUAACAAGUCCCUCUGCCGCCUCUCCUCCUCCACCGCUGCCGCCACAUCAUAUUUUAGACGACGCCGUAUUGUCGCCGUCACCAAUUCCACCAUCAACGGUUCUCACUCUUCUUCAUCAGCGGAGGCAGAGGAGGACAUCCAGAUUGAGGAAAUCAGGGUGUGCACCAACCGGACUUGCCGUAGACAAGGUUCCUUUCAAACCCUUGACACUCUCACCGCUCUCGCGCCCUCCAACGUCGCCGUCAAGUCCUCCGGCUGCUUGGGCCGCUGCGGCGCCGGCCCCAACCUCGUCGCGCUGCCUGCCGCCACUUUUGUCGCUCACUGCGGGACCACAGCUCGAGCCGUGGAGGUCCUCGUGGCACUAGUACUACUCAGCCGCCGCCGACGAGGAGGAGGUGUUUCGAAUUCGGACGGUGCUAAUGCUAAUAAGAACAUUGAAAAAAUUGCAAACAAGAGUUUGGAAGCGCUUGCGUUGAGAAACAAGGCUCGGAAUGAGCUUCUUCACAACAACAAUUUCUCCCAGGCUGACCUCUUCCUCUCUCAGGCUAUAGAAUUAAAACCAAUUGGUGGUAUCCAUAUUAUGUAUAAAGACAGGUCCCUUGCAAGACUGGCAUUGGGCAAUUAUUCCGGGGCUCUUGAAGAUGCUGCCCAAGCUUUGGCUUUAAAUCCUCUGUAUCCUGAGGCUUACAUUUGCCAAGGUGAUGCAUUCUUGGCUCUGAACCAAUUUGAUUCUGCUCAUAACUCAUAUAUGGCUUCUUUAGAGAUAGAUCCUUCUCUUCGAUGUUCCAAAUCUUUCAAGGCUCGGAUUGCAAACCUUGAGAAACUCACCACUGGAAAUAUGCCUUAAGAUCUGCAAUGUGCUUGGAGCUGUUUAUAAAUCAAUUACAGAGCUUUGAUGAUAAAAGGCACAGUGUUUAUUCAUCUUCUAUCCAGGUUGGUUUCUGUCUUUCAAAUUUUACUCAUACAUCAUCAGUUUUUUUUGGUUCAUUAGCCUAGCACUAUGUCAUAGGAUGGGUGGGGGGAGCUCACAUUAUGCUGAUGUUACCUGAUUUGGUUGUCAUGUAAUCUACCUUAGACUUUUGUUAUACUAAGGAUCAGUAUCCAUUGUUUAUUUAUACUGAUCUUCUAAUCUACAUGACACGUUACGUUA